UCUUUUUUUUUUCUUUUUUUUUUCAUAUGAUCACCAAAAAAAUUGGUGCCAAAUUCAUCCACAAACGGAAAAUAAUUUUCAGAUUUGAUUUCUUCCCCCUUUCCCCCCUUCUCUGACCUCAAACCCUAAAACUCUGGAUUGUUCAAUUCCCUAACUGUAAACACCUGCUCCACACAUUCUCUUUCCUGAAUCCAUUAUCGUGUGUGUAUUCACAGAAGCUCGAAUUUCUGGGUCGGAGAAAUGCAAUGACAUUGUGGCGUUCCCGUUAGGGUCAAAACCCCUUAGCUGGAAUCGCCGGCGCUCCACCACCGUGCAUUUUGUGGUUUUUGUUGAAUUUAUUGGCAGUGAAUUACGAUUGCAUGUUGGUGAUUGGUGAAUUGCCGGUGAUUGAUUUUGUUAUUUGGUUCUAAUUUUGAGGGGAAACAGAAAAAUUGGGAGACUGGAUUGUGAAACUAGGGUUUGGAUCCAAUCAGGGAUGAAACAACGCGGUUAGAUGGCUCUGUUCAGACGGUUCUUCUACCGGAAGCCGCCGGACCGGCUUCUCGAGAUCUCUGAGAGGGUCUACGUGUUUGAUUGUUGCUUCUCCAUCGAUGUGCUCGAUGAAGAUGAGUACAGGACGUACAUAAACGGGAUUGUAGCUCAGCUGCAAGACCACUACCCUGAUGCUGCUUUCAUGGUUUUCAAUUUCAAAGAAGGGGAUACGAGGAGCCAAUUAUCCAAUAUAUUGUCUAAGUACGGUAUGACUGUGAUGGAUUACCCUCAAAAGUACGAAGGGUGUCCGUUAUUACCUCUUGAGAUGAUCCAUCACUUUUUACGAUCCAGUGAGAGUUGGUUAUCAGUCGAGGGCCAACAAAAUGUUCUCUUGAUGCACUGUGAAAGGGGCGGAUGGCCCGUUCUUGCUUUUAUGCUGGCAGGCCUUCUCUUGUAUAGAAAACAGUACACCGGUGAAAUGAAGACUCUCGAUAUGGUAUACAAACAAGCACCGAGGGAAGUUCUUCAACUUUUGACUCCUUUGAAUCCACAGCCAUCUCAUCUCAGAUAUCUUCAGUACAUUUCGAGAAGGAAUUUUCGGUUGGAUUGGCCGUCAUCAGAUUCACCUCUGACUUUGGACUGUGUGAUACUCAGAGUGCUUCCUUUGUAUGAUGGUGGAAGAGGAUGCCGACCGAUAGUUCGUGUGUAUGGUCAGGAUCCUUCUUCCAAAACAUCUGUUACAAGUACAAAGCUUUUGUUUUCAACGGCUGAAGUGAAGAAACAUAUCCGUCUCUACCAACAGGAAGAGUGUGAGCUAGUAAAAAUGGAUAUCCAUCGACUGGUUCAAGGAGAUGUAUAUCUUGAGUGUGUCCAUUUGGAGGAGGAUCUAGUGAGGGAAGAGACGAUUUUUCGAAUUAUGUUCCACACGCAAUUUGUCCGAUCAAAUGUUUUGCUGCUGACUCGUGAUGAGGUUGAUGUUCUUUGGGACGCCAAAGACCAAAUUUCGAGGGAAUUCAGAGUUGAGGUACUCUUUUCAGAUGGAGAUUAUUUUCCAUCUGUUUUGACCGCAGGAGCAGCAAGUGAUGACGACAGUGAAACAGACGUUGCCUCACCUGAUGAAUUUUUUGAGGCGGAAGAGAUAUUCAGUAAUGUGCUUGAUGGACAAGAUAUCAAGGGGGAGUUUGAUAACCAUACGGUUCAAGAUAGUAGCCAGGACGAUGAAGUUAAUCUUGAAAUAUCCUGGAAAGAUGAUUCAGAACAUCAUGCAUUUCAAGAUUGUGCAUCGGAUGAGGCAGGUCAAAAACAUCUCCGUAAGGUGGAGCACAAUAGUAUUUUUUUGCUCAAUGGGGAAGUUGAAUUAGAUUCUAGUCCUUCGAUUGCUGAAGUGGACAGUAAUGACAGGACCAAAUAUGAAAAUACUGGUAAAUUUGACGAGUUUGGAGAAGCGGCGAACAUGCAAAUUCAAGAAGUGGCUACUUCAAUGAAGAGUGAGAAGCAAAGUUUUGUUGCUGACAAUACUAAUGAUAAUAAGCAGAGUAUUAAUUUGGUGCGCAAUGGGGAAGUCCAGUUAGAUUCUAGUUCAGUGAUUGCUGAUGUGGACAGUUAUAACGGAACAAAAUACAAAGUUUCUAGUAAAUACGAAAAGUCCGCAGAAGCGGAGUAUAAGCAAAAUCAAGAAGUGGUUGUUUCGAUGAAGAGUCAGAAGCAAGGUUCGCAGCAGAAUAAUACUCCUGCUGAUGAUAAUAAUAAUAGUACUAAUAAACAGAAGUUGGAUAAGAAGAAACAACCGGUUUCGAGGUCAAAAUCUGCUUCAGAAGCAUUUGGUAAUAAGAAAGGUAAGCUGCAUGAGAACCAUCUGGCAAGACAGGCGAAGGCAAGUGCUGUAUCGAGGUGGAUACCAUCUAAUAUAGGUUCUUACACAAAUUCGAUGCACGUGUACUAUCCUCCAUCGAGGCAUAAUAGUGCUCCAGCAGUGCUAGCUCUGGGCAAGGAUUCUCCGAGAUGGGGAAAAUCUAAGCUCAAAUCCGUUACAACUGCUUCGGAAGUUAGAGCGACAGCUGGCAGAAGUUCUAUUUCGGGACGUGGGAAACUGGCAUCUUCUCCAUCACUACUAGAUUUAUCAUUAGCCGAAGAUGUUUCUUCCCCAGCUUCACCUUCAAAUCAAGAGGUAGAACUUUAUUCAGAGGAACUUAGUCCAGAGUUGAGGCCCGAUUCACCUUCCACCCCACAUAAUCCAUCUCCUCCUCCUCCCCCUCCUCCUCCACCACCACAUCCACCACCACCACCUCUUCCACCAUCUACGGGUGAAUAUUUAUUUAAUGAAGGUACUUCCCCACUUACGGAGAUUUUUCAGAGCAUAGAGCUUAACCUACCCCCACCUCCAUGUGUUUCAUCUGCAAAUGUAAAUGAUGUUACUUAUUUUCCUUCAAUAUUACACCCACCACCACCACCACCACCACCACCACCACCACCACCACCACCACCUCUAGUUACUGACAUGUUGUCUUCUAAUUCCAGUCCACCAGAAUUUGAUGUGUCGGAAAUCGAGACUCUUUUCUCUGCCGCAGCCCCAAAGACAGAUAGUUCAGGUGGCAAAACCGGAGCUAAGAAGCCUGCUGGAUCUAAGCCUGUCAAAGUCCAGCUGAUUGACCUAAAGAGGGCCUAUAACGUUGAAAUCAUGCUCACUAAAGUUAAAAUGCCACUGCCUGAUAUGAUGGCUGCUGCACUUGCAAUGGAUGAAACGAUAUUAGAUGCUGACCAAGUAGAAAAUCUCAUAAAGUUUUGUCCAAAAAAGGAAGAAAUGGAACUUCUCAAGGGAUACACAGGUGACCCGGAGAAUUUGGGGAAGUGUGAACAGUUUUUCUUAGAGCUGAUGAAGGCACCACGAGUGGAAUCUAAAUUAAGGGUUUUCUUAUUCAAGAUUCAGUUCAACUCUCAGGUUUCUGAUUUCAGGAAAAGCUUGAAUAUCGUAAACUCCGCUUGUCAAGAGGUCCGGAACUCCCACAAACUGAAAGAUAUCAUGCAAAGAAUUUUGUAUCUUGGAAAUAAAUUGAACGAGGGAACUGCUAGAGGUUCCGCAGUCGGUUUCAAAUUGGAUAGUCUUUCGAAAUUAGCGGAUACACGUGCAUCCAUCGGCAGGAUGACACUCAUGCAUUAUCUUUGUAAGUUACUUGACAAAAACGACCGCUCGGAUCUUCUAGACUUCCACAAAGAUUUUAUUAACUUGGAAGCUUCCACAAAGAUACAAUUGAAAACUUUGGCAGAAGAAAUGCAAUCCAUUAUCAAGGGUUUAGAAAAGGUAAAGCAGGAAUUGGCUGCUUCAGAGAAUGAUGGUCCCGUAUCUGCGAUUUUUCACAAGACGUUGAAGGAAUUCGUUGGUGCUGCUGAAUCUGAAGUGGCUUCUGUAACGAAUCUAUAUGCUGUUGCGGGAAGAAAUGCAGAUACACUGGCUUUGUAUUUUGGUGAAGAUCCCACAAAAUGCCCGUUAGAACAAGUUACCGCAACCCUCUUAAACUUUGUGAGGUUGUUCCAGAGAGCGCAUGAAGAGAACUGUAAGCAGGCCGAAUUAGAAAAGAAGAAAGCUCAGAAGGAGGCCGAUGAAGAAAACGCAAAGUCAAUAAAACAAGCAAAGAACGAAGUGCAAGACUGAGUUUGCUUUGCUUUAAUAUUUCCACAAAGAUAUCAGUGAUUCUUUCACAACCGGUCAACAUACGUCAAGUUACGAAAAAACGGUUGGUUGACCCUCGGAAAAUAUUGGGUUUACGGGUUCGAAGAAAACGGAGUGAACGGCGGGGGGGAGUGCUUUCGAUGAUGGGCUCGUAAGUCUCGGAUUGCACUUAUCGGGAUGGAUUGGUUAUAACCGAGUUAUAAAAAGGUCGUCCCUUUUUUUAUCUAUCCCAAGAGGUGUUAUCACACACACACGGGGCGGGAUUUGGAUUGAUUGGUGAUACGGGCUCGUCUUUCGUUUUGAAAGCAUGCAUGGUGCAUCGGUUUCCUUUAUAUCCCUCGCAUUCGCCACGUCAGCUUUUGCGAGGGGAUCGUAAUUUUCAGAAUGCUGACACGUGUACAGAGCACUAACCGUGUAGUUUUAACUAGACUAACACUAAUUCUUUAAUUUGUUGUAGGAUAGGAAAACUGGAUUUGGUUCCUUGUACUAGUCAGGUCAAAAUGAGGAGCCUGAAAAUUUUGUUGUAUAAAUAGCAUUAGAGGGGUUAAAUAUUUAGGAGAAAAAUUAGGGGUUUUUUUUAGUGAAUAGAGAUUUAGUCAACUUACAUGAUUUAAUUUUUAAGAAAUUCAGAUAUGUUUCAUUUUUUUUUUGG